CUGCACAACCAGACUGGGGAAGAAAGAGAAGACGUAGCUGCAACCCCACCGAUAUACCAUUCAGGCGGUCUUUAUUUUUAUAACGGUUAUCGCAUUUUAAAUCAACAUAUCCAUUAAGCGCCUGGCCCUAGUUUGUCGGCACACUUUCCCCCCUGCCCCUGCAUACUCUCAGCAAAGAAAAUGAGCGGCAGCGGGCGGCCCAGGACCAGCUCGUUUGCCGAGCCACCGGGAGCUCCGGGAGCCGCUGCAGCUACCGCCGGAUCGGCGGCUGCGGGUGGGAGCACUUCAGGAAAGUCUGGGGCUGCACAGGCCUCCGGCGGCAGUUCGUCUGGCUUUGGAAACUUGAAGCUCGGCAGGGACAGCGGGAAGGUGACCACAGUGGUCGCUACGCCCGGCCAGGGCCCUGACCGCCCACAGGAAGUGUCCUACACGGACAUCAAGGUGAUCGGCAACGGGUCCUUUGGCGUGGUGUACCAGGCCCGGCUCAUCGACAGCCAGGAGAUGGUGGCCAUCAAGAAGGUGCUACAGGACAAGAGGUUCAAGAACCGAGAACUCCAGAUCAUGCGUAAGCUGGACCACUGCAACAUCGUUAGGCUACGUUACUUCUUCUACUCCAGCGGAGAGAAGAAAGAUGAAGUGUAUCUGAAUCUGGUUCUGGAUUAUGUACCAGAGACUGUGUACAGGGUGGCACGCCACUUCAACAAGGCCAAGACCACCAUUCCUAUCAUUUACGUCAAAGUGUAUAUGUAUCAGUUAUUCCGCAGUCUGGCCUAUAUUCAUUCCCAAGGUGUCUGCCACAGAGACAUCAAACCACAAAACCUCCUGGUGGACCCAGACACAGCCGUUCUUAAGCUGUGUGAUUUCGGCAGCGCGAAGCAGUUAGUUCGCGGUGAGCCAAAUGUUUCCUACAUCUGUUCACGGUAUUACCGUGCCCCAGAGCUCAUCUUUGGAGCCACAGACUACACCUCCAACAUCGAUAUCUGGUCAGCCGGCUGCGUAUUGGCUGAGCUGUUGCUGGGGCAACCCAUUUUCCCCGGCGACAGCGGGGUCGACCAGCUAGUUGAAAUCAUAAAGGUUUUGGGGACGCCUACGAGAGAACAGAUCCGAGAAAUGAAUCCCAACUACACAGAGUUCAAGUUCCCACAGAUCAAAGCGCAUCCCUGGACUAAGGUGUUCAAGCCUCGGACGCCCCCGGAGGCCAUCUCGCUCUGCUCUCGCCUGCUGGAAUACACACCCGUGACACGCCUCUCACCGCUCCAGGCCUGCGCCCACACCUUCUUCGAUGAGCUGCGCCAGCCGACCGCCCGCCUGCCCAGCGGCCGUGAACUGCCCCAGCUGUUCAACUUCAGCCCCGUGGAGCUGUCUAUCCAGCCACAGCUGAACUCUGUCCUCGUUCCUCCGCACGCACGCUCGCAGAGCACGUCUGCCUCGCACGAUGGCAGCGUGUCCGACAGCUCGGCCCAGUCCGGCUCGGCGCCGGGGGCCCUAAGCAACAGCACCUGAGCGUUUUCCUCCUGGGUUACUGUACCAUCUCCAACCUCCUCCUCCUCCUUCUGCUCCUCCUGCUGUCUCUCCUUCUUGCCUUCUUGGAGCUCCAGCACCAGUCUCCGGUCUUUUCUUCCCUCACACACUUGUCCACAAACCAGCCCAGACCCUGGACAUAUGUCUCGUGCUGCCACCUGUCAAGUCUGUCCGUUUCAGCAGGACCCUGUUUUUAUCUGUUUUUAGUUUAGUUUAGUUUUUUUUUUGUUGUUCUUUUGUUUGUGUGGUUUAAAGGCAAAGAAUGGUUCUCUGAGGCAUUGCUGACCCCUAGUGGCAGGAGGACUGAAGCACAGUUAUCACCCUCGUGUUUCUAGAGGUCCAUCCAUUUUAUUACAUUUUAGACAAGAUUACAACUACUGCAUCCUGCACAAAAUGCAGGUGUGUUGUUUUAUUUUACUUUGCUCUUAAAAUGUAAUACAUUUUAAAGGUUUUUUUUCCUUUUCUUUCUUAAAUGAGACCAUCUUUUCGAAGGGAGUGAGGCAUGAAACUGCUUUUAUGAAGCAGUGAGAGGUUUUUGUCUGUGUUCCCGGAAUCGGCCGCUGUUUUUGCACUUUUGUCAGGAAUGCGCAGAAAGAGUGUGUCGGGGUGCUGUUAUGCUUUUUUUUUCGAAACAAACAAGCUAAUCAAACCCUCCCCCACCCCCCACUUCCUCUCUAUAUCUGCCAAUACUAAGAGAGCGUGCCCCUUAAAACUGGGAUCACUCCAAUCCCCAGCAGAAGAGCACAUGUCUGGGAUCAGCUGUUGUCUUCACACCACAGUGAACUGCCCCGAUACGGACGGUGAGAGCUGAUCAGGCCCUCAGGUGUUGAAGCCGAUACCUGGUGUUCUCACUGCUUACUUCAGUUAGAGUUCACUCGAGAAAGGUCCUUCUCCUACACACACACACACACACCUCUCUGGGCAUUCUUUUCUCUACUUGUCAUGGCGAGCGUCUGGUCUUCAUAAGUAUGGAAAUGUGCCCUCUGCCCAUGCAACCCACAUCUCCGAUCCAUGGGAGUCGGUCCCACCAAGAUGGGGGCGUGCGUGCGUGCGUGGGUGUGUGUGUUUCAGUAGACUUAGAGAAAAUGUAAUGUUUAAAUGGCUGCUGAUCUGUGACGAAUCUGAUCUAAAUCAUUGUAAGUAUCAUAGAGUUCCAAAAGUGCACACACACACACACACACACACGCAUGUCCAUGCACAGAUGUCCUUCCUCACCGGACUAAAUUGCAAACCCAUUGCAGGUGAAAGUUGCUCAUGUAUCUGGAGCCUUUUGUCCUUCCCACUUUCCGUCUUUCCCCUUCUCAGCCCUAGUAUGUAAAUACCAUGUACCUUUUACUUUUUGUUACUUUUUUGUUAUUAUUGUUAUUCUAUUGUUCUUGUAACUUGAUUUUUUUUUUUCUUCUAGUGGAGUAGCGCUGCUUCAAGUAGUGGCCAGCCUCUCUCUCUCUCUCUCUGCUGUACAUAACAUUUCAACACCCCCCCCCCCCCCCGCCUAGAGGGGACAAAACUGAACAAAACUCUCUCUCUCUCCCUAUCCCCUCCUGUUUACACCUCCCCUCUUGUCAUAAAUGUUAUUUUGAUUAUUUUAUUUAUUAUAUUGACUUUUUUUUAUCAGAUGGCAGAAGAGACUUGUGUGUGUGAUCUGUCAUUAGAAUAAUAUUCGUAUCACAAACUCGAUAAUAUAAUGGAAUGUGUUGGACAGUGUUGAUCUGUUCUCCAGAACAUUCUAGUAGUGUCACUUAAAACAUCCUCUGGAGUGCGGGCACACACGUGCGUGCGCGCGCACACACACACACACACACACACACACACACACACGGGAACUAUUUAGCCCAUCCAGGAUUAAGCAGAUGGGUUAUGGGGGAGAGAGGGAGAGAGAAACUGUGUUUUUGUUUGUUGGUAUAAAUAAUUAAACUCAUUAAUAAAGUGAGAUGAAAGGUG